ACACAUCAACCAUCUCUUUUAAUUUGCAUGCUCUCAAAUUUUGUCAACAAAAUACGGACGAAAUAAUAAUGGGGUCAAGUGAUACCUCACCGGCAACCAUUUCUCAGCUCACAUCUUCUCGCUCCGUUUCGCCGCCAUCUUCACCGUCGUCCCCCACCACGCCGCUGCCGGCGGUGGUGGUGAGCCCAUGCGCCGCAUGUAAGGUUUUGCGGCGGCGAUGCGCCGGGAAAUGUGUGCUGGCGCCUUAUUUUCCUCCCAAUGACCCAAUCAAGUUUACCACCGCUCAUCGUGUCUUCGGCGCUAGCAAUAUCAUCAAAUUCUUGCAGGAAUUGCCGGAGAGUGAGAGAAGCGACGCCGUGAGCAGCAUGGUGUACGAGGCGAACGCGCGGCUGAGAGAUCCGGUGUACGGCUGCGCCGGAGCAAUCUUCCAACUCCAAAAGCAAGUCAGCAUCCUCCAAGAACAGCUAGCCAAAGCUCAAGCCGAGGUGGUCAACAUGCAAUACCAACAGUCAAACCUCCUCGCCCGCCUUAACUACCACAACGACCACUCUGUCCGAUCAUCAUCAUCAUCUCCGCCGCCACUUCCCUCGCCGCCGGAACAGUACUUUUCCGGCUCUUUUGACGGCAGGAAUAAUGACUUCUACGAACACAACUGCGAGUACGUCUACAACGACAGCGGAGACGACAACUUGGGUCCCUUCUGGGACGAACUUCACACUCUCGGCAUGAGCGUGUGACAUACACGCCCCACUUGCGAGAAGUCAAUAAUAAAAGCAAGAAGUAUUACCUCCCUCUCAUUGGUUUUUGUCAAGUUUGUAUUAAAUGUGAUUAGGUGAAAUAUGGAAGAAAAAAAAUUAUGUGAUCGAAAGUUAUGUAGAAGACACAAGAAUGAGUAGAAUUACAAAUUAUUUACUCCUGCCUCCGUCCCGGAAAUAACUUCCCAAUUCGAUUUCACACGUAUUAAGGAAAUUAAUUUAUUGGGGGUAAAUUUUACUGUUUUGACAUUGUUUCGACAAUGUUUGAUAUUGUUUGCACUGUUUUGCAUUGUUUUGAUUAGAUAAUUUACCAAAUAAAGAAGUGGAAAAAAGUGCAAAGUUAAUUUUGGGACAGUCCGAAAAAGAAAGUGAGAAAUUAAUUUCGAGACGGAGGGAGUAUAAAUUAAAAGGAAGGUGAAAAAGUUUGUGUGAUAAAAGAGAAAUUGACAAAUCCAAUUAGACGAGUCACUAGAGGUACGUAAUACUCCACGGUGAGCAUGCUGCGGUGAGCAUGCUGUUCUCGCAGGCAAAAUUCGUUUGUUACUGUUCACGAGUGAACAAUAACUUUAUUUUUUGAUUAUUUCAUUGUCUCAGUAGCACAACGAUGUAACUCGCGUAUAAAGAAUUGUAACUCACGCUCAUACGAAAUGUAAGUGCAGG